CGGACCCAAGCUAGAUGGCUAUUCGGUGAAACAGAUACAAUGUAGUCUACUCAGUUUAACCCGAAAACAAAGCGGUUAAAUCUGUAGCCUAUCAGCCGUUUCUACCGCUUCCAUUUCGGCGUGGUGAUAUAGACACAAAGCUCCUCGUGUCUUUGUCUAAACAAACAGCUCUGCUACGUUACAGCCGUCUUAUUCUGCAUAUCAAUGUAUUUCGUAUUACCAUUUCUUCCAAUAAUCCAUGUACCCGCCUCCCUGCGCUCCCAAAUAGAUGGUGCAAGUAAAAAUGUCCAAAUCUUCCGCAGACCCUCUGUCUGGUGUAGAGACCGGCACCCAGUCACACUAUUUCCAGUUGCCCAGGAAGUUGCCAAAGCGCAAGAGCCGUUUUAAACGCUCGGACGGAAGCACCUGCUCUGACACCACGUCUAGCUUCAUCAAACGACAGGGUUCAGCCGAUUCGUACACAAGCAGACCUUCGGAUUCCGACCUGUCAGCGGAGGAGGAUCGCGAGGCGUAUCGGCGUGAAGCCGAGCGCCAGGCCCAGCUGCAGCUCGAGAGGGCAAAGAUCAAACCUGUAGCGUUUGCUGUGAGGACAAACGUCAGCUACUGCGGUGCUCUGGAUGAAGACUGUCCUGUUCAGGGUGCUGCAAUCAACUUCGAAGCCAGAGACUUUCUUCACAUCAAGGAGAAGUACAACAAUGACUGGUGGAUCGGACGCCUGGUGAAGGAGGGGGCCGACAUCAGCUUCAUCCCCAGCCCCCUCCGACUGGAGGCCAUGAGACUCAAGCAAGAACAGAAGCAGCAGAGGAAGAGUGGGGGGAACUCCUCCUCAAGUCUAGGUGACAUGGUGACUGGUGGCUGGAGAUCCACGCCGCCCUCUGCAGGUGAGAACAAACAGAGGCAGAAGCAAACUGAGCACAUUCCUCCGUAUGAUGUGGUUCCAUCCAUGAGGCCUGUGGUUCUGGUGGGGCCGUCGCUGAAGGGCUAUGAGGUGACGGACAUGAUGCAGAAAGCUCUGUUUGACUUCCUGAAACACCGCUUUGAUGGAAGGAUCUCCAUCACGCGUGUCACAGCGGAUCUUUCUCUGGCCAAGAGAUCAGUGCUCAACAAGAGGCCCAUCAUGGAACGCUCAAACACUCGCUCCAGUUUGGCUGAGGUACAGAGCGAGAUCGAGCGGAUAUUUGAGUUGGCCAAAACCCUCCAGCUGGUAGUUCUGGACGCGGAUACCAUCAACCAUCCGGCCCAACUUGCCAAAACCUCCCUGGCACCAAUCAUUGUGUAUGUCAAAGUGUCCUCUCCGAAGGUUCUUCAGAGGCUGAUUAAGUCCCGGGGGAAGUCUCAGAGCAAGCACCUGAACGUCCAGAUGAUGGCUGGAGAUAAGCUGUCCCAAUGCCCUCCUGAGAUGUUCGACGUCAUCCUGGACGAGAACCAGUUGGAGGACGCGUGUGAACACCUGGCUGAGUACCUAGAUGUCUACUGGCGCGCCACUCAUCUGCCCGGCACCGCCUCCCUCAACCCUCUAUUGGAUCAGAACCUGAUGACCCCGCCCUCGGCCAUCUCUAGCCUUCAGAACCAGAACCAGCAGCUGCUGCCGGCGGGGGGUGCCGGGGGGGCAGAGGAGGAGGACCAGGGGGACCAGGGGGAGCAGGACAGCCUCAUGCCCUCCGACGAGGCCAGCGACUCCUUGUCCCGCGGCCGGAGAGGAGAGGGCUCUCGCUGCCUGCACCCCCAGGACUGUGAGGAUGAGGAAGAGGAGGAAGAAGAAGAGGAGGAGGAGGAGGAGGAAGAGGAGUAUGAGCCCCCCCGCCACUCCCACACGUACCGGGACAUUUACCCGCCGCCCCGCAGUCACCCUGGUGCCGUGCACAGCGCCAAUGGCCACGAGUCACAGGACAGGCUGCUGGAGAGAGGGGCGAGCCAGGAGGGCCCCAACCAGCGCCACAACCGCCAGCGAGCACGACCCUGGCCCAGGGACAACUACUGAGUCAACAGACUGACGAGGAGGAGAGGAGGAGGAGGAGGUGGAGGAGGAGGAAGAGGAGGAGGCGGGGGGGAGAUGGUAGCAACAGACCGGUGUGUUUGUGUGUGAAUGUGUGUGUUUGUGUGUGUGUGUGUGAUAGAGAAAGAGAGAGAG